AGGACCUAAUUGCUCGGUUUUAAAGAUUUUGGAUGAAUUUUAUUAUUUUCAACAGAAGCAGACGCAUUGACCUAAUUUUUUAUUUUUGUUGGAGGAAAGUAAAGUGUUUGACUAAAUUGAAAGGGGCAAAUUGGAAAUUGGAUUGCAGAAAGAACCGCCAAUCUUUCCUCUCCAUCCAUUCCCGCUUCAAUACCGUUGCAACAUUCAUUCAUCAGAAAAACACAAAGUCGUUCCAACUAACUUUUUCUCCCUGCCCAUCAAAUUCCAUAUGCAUGGAACCAAAUUUUGCAGCAAAGAUUCCAGCUUUUAGGCCGAUGUGUUGUGGUGAAUGAAGGGUUUUUAUUUUAUUUUAUUUAUUUAUUUAUUUCCGAAGCAUCCUAGGAUAUUAUUUAGUUUAGGGUCCGUAAAUUAAUUGUUAGUGAAAAAUCAAAAAUGUCGGGAGGAGACGCUCCUGGAGCUAGGGAGCUCGAUCAGACGCCCACAUGGGCUGUAGCCGUGGUUUGUGCUGUAAUCGUCAUUAUUUCCAUCAUUUUGGAGAAGCUUCUUCAUCACAUUGGAGAGUUGUUUCAUGAAAAGAAAAAGAUGGCUUUGGUUGAAGCUCUUGAAAAAGUUAAGGGAGAGCUUAUGGUGUUGGGAUUCAUUUCUUUGCUCUUGACGUUUGGACAGAGUUAUAUUUCCCGAAUAUGUAUACCUGUAAAGCUUGCAGAUACAAUGCUAUAUUGUCCCAAAAGAGUUGCUCAUCAAGAAAUAACUCCACUUCAUGAGCCUCCCUCUAUUGGUGAUCAUGAUCCCCCAUCUAUUGGUAAUCAUGAGCCCCCACCUAUUGGUAAUCAUGAGCUACCUAGUCAAGAAGACAAGGGUGCUGCUGAGCAUCAUCGGAGGCUGCUAUGGUAUGAACAUAGAUUUUUAGCUGGUAGUGGUGGUGGUGAAGCUGCAGGAUGCAAACCGGGACAUGUGCCACUCAUAUCCGUAAAUGGAUUACAUCAGUUGCACAUUUUCAUAUUCUUUUUAGCAGCGUUUCAUGUGAUAUAUAGUGCCAUAACCAUGACACUUGGAAGAUUAAAGAUACGUGGUUGGAAGGAAUGGGAACAGGAUGCUUUGAAGGAGCAAGAAGGUGCUUCAAGAUUUAGGCUCACCCAUGAGGAUUCCUUUGUGAAAAACCAUACCAGUUCGUGGGCACAAACCAAAGUCUCGUUUUAUUUACUAUGCUUCUUCAGGCAAUUCUUCAGGUCUGUUCGGAGGGCCGACUAUUUGACCUUGCGGCAUGGAUUCAUUAGUGUUCAUUUAGCACGUGGAAGUAAGUUUGACUUUCAAAAGUAUAUCAAAAGAUCAUUAGAGGAUGACUUUAAAGUUGUCGUGGGAAUCAGUCCACUAUUAUGGGCUUAUGUGGUGGUCUUUCUUCUUCUCGAUGUGCAUGGAUGGCAUACCAUGUUCGUUUUCUCCAUGAUUCCUCUAGUGGUAACCUUGGCAGUUGGAGCAAAACUUCAGAAAGUUAUAGCACAAAUGGCAAUUGAAAUCAAAGAAAAACAUGCUGUAAUUCAAGGGAUGCCUCUUGUGCAAGUCGAUGACAGACAUUUUUGGUUUGGUUGGCCUCAGUUAGUUUUAAAUCUCAUCCAUUUUGUACUAUUCCAGAAUGCAUUCGAGAUAACUUAUUUCUUCUGGAUAUGGUAUGAGUUCGGCUUGAGAUCAUGUUUCCAUCAGGAUUUCAAUCUAGUUGUUGCAAGAGUUUUUCUCGGGGUAAUAGUCCAGUUCAUGUGCAGCUACAUCACGCUUCCUCUCUAUGCCCUUGUCACUCAGAUGGGAUCAACCAUGAAGAGGUCAAUCUUUGAUGAACAAACCUCCAAGGCUCUGAAGCAGUGGCACAAGAAAGCUGUAAAGAAGAAGGGUGAUGGACGACCAGAACAAGGCCGUACUAGAACACUGGGUGGAAGUCCCCCUGACUCACCAGAUGGUUCCUCACCUGCACCUCAUAGAGCACAUAAAGAAGGAACUGAUGUUGAAGCAUCCCAAAAUGGGACAGCAAACAUCAUGGCUACUGUGGACCUCAAGGGAGGAGGUCAGCGAGACCUCCUAUCCAAUCCAUGAACAUCCUAAACCAAGACGGUGAAUAUGGUAAAAAAUGCAACAUUCUUAUUCCCACUUCCUGGGUAACAUAGGUAUUAGUUUUCUUCCUGUUACAUGCCUAGUUGCCAAAUUCAAAAGAUUAAGAAAUAUGCACCUCGCGGCUACUUUCUUCUUUUCUCUGAUAGAUCACAUCAAAUACAAGAAAAAUGUUUGUAGGAUAUUAGGUUUACAAUUACACUGAUGUAAAACUUUUCUUAGCCCCGUUGUGUGUAUAAAAAGGCAUAGCUGAAAUGUAUGUAUAAUCUUACAAUUAUGUUAUACCUUUGUAUAUUUGUAAAUUGCAUAUGUUGGAGUUUUCUGAGGUUAAUGAAAUAUCAAGCCAAGA